CUAACACCAAAAUGAGUACUACACAGAUUUUUGCACUCUAUUCAAAUAAAACUUUAUGGCUUAUAUUGAAUUAAUCACUGUAGACUGAAGUGAAUUAUAUAUUUUCUCUGUCAGCUCAAAAAUCCAAUUGAAUUUCACUAGGACUCGGUGAAGUUCAGUAACUGUAAUGCUCACGGGUAUCAUCCAAUCCAAUCACACCAAUGGAUUCUCUUUUGGACUUCAACUUGGAUUGCAGCUGUCGCAGCAGUAUCAUUGCUUGGAUGCUGUAAGCUGGCUUAGCCAGAGGCACGCACACACACGUUAACAACAGCAACAGCUCCACCACAUAAAUGCGUCAUUGAAAUGGACAACAGCAAUAUCAAUACAAAAUUAACAACUGCAGCGCCAGAGUUAAUGCCGUACUCAAAUUGUAGCAAUCUACAAGAGUCACAACAGGAAUCAAUCAUAGCAGCUCCAAAUUUUUCUCCGGUAGUCGCAGUCAGUGCUAUCCAAAUUCAAAAACAGCACCAUGAACACCAGACACCAAGCAACAAACGUGAGAGGGCUCAAGGAUUUAACGUAACGUCGUCAGUCCCAUCAACAACUCUCACAACAACUACAACAAUAGCAAAUACUACACCCACGGCCUUGAACCUGCCACCACCAACAGCGACGCCGAAUAUAAGUAUUGCCGGCUCCGGUGCAGCUGAUGUAGCUUUAUUGACGUGUUUAUUGCCAGCACCGCCUCCAUUUACGACGACUGCCGCAAAUAUAAGGACAACAACAACGUCAACACCACUGCUAAUUCACACUAGUUCAGACCCAAUAGCACCGUCUACAUUAACAGCCGCACUUUGUGCAAGUGAUUUUGAUUCCGACACGGAACUUUCGAUCGUUGCAGCGGUGACAGCAGCGAAUUCCAUUGCUACUAUUGGAGAUCACUCUACCACUUCACCUGUACCAUCAGUGUCAACACCAGUUCAAAGUGUUUUGACAGCGACGGCAGCGACCAACGGGCACAUAAAUAACGGCAGCAAUACUUCCACUAAUUCUUCUCAAAUAAGUCUAAACACAAAACAGCAACGCCAGCAAAAACGUCGACGUGAGCGAGCGCAGCGCCUGCAGGCAGAGCGCGAUAGCCGAUGUAAUUCAAGUGCACUAAGUGGCACAUUGAUUGGAGGAGGAGGUGGAGGAUCUGUUGGAGUGGCUGUCAGUCUUGGUAUGGUCACAACUACUGCUGGAGGUGGUAGCAAUGGUAGCAUCAUUGGCACCGCAACUGCUACCGCCGCCGCAGUAUUAUUGGGCAGUAGUAACAACAGUGUAUUGGGCCCUGGUAAUGGCAUGUUAUAUCAUCUUAACAGUGCGGGCAGCAUGGGUGAAGAUAGCAACAACUCGAAUGGAAACUUUACUAGUAGUAGCAACGGUAGCAAUAAUUUGUUGCCACCUACAGAUAGUAUUGCAUCAUUGUUAUUAAAUCCACCACAUUCACCUGAAUGUAACUCCGGUCUUAUGGCCACUCCUAGUGACAGCGAAGGCGAGUCACUGGAUGAAGAUCUCCUAUCAACGUCAUCGUCAUCAACAUUGCUGCUGCCUCGUGAUAAGCCUCCGCCAAGACCACCACCUCCAGUUCGACGAAAGUUACCAAGAUCGCCUGUUCUUGAAGAGGAGAUUAUUGAUGGGUUUGCCAUAUUAGAGUUCAAAACGUAUGAAGAUCUUGAGUUUGCAAUUAAAUUGGGCCAAAAACGCAAAGAGAAACGUCUUUCGGCACUGGAAGAGUUGACAUGCACCUACAGCAUAGAGGACAUGAAAAUGCCAAAGAUCAACGAUACUGGACAGCCGCAUCCGCAUUCCCACCCGCUCCGUACUACCAAUCUUUCCAGCCUAACUGUGGUUAGCAAUAAUAAUUUAAAAGAAGUUAAUCACCAUCAUCCACCUGCUCUUACCAUUGGAGGUGCAAUUGUAGUUACAUCUAAUAGCAGCAGUACUAGUAAUAUUAUGUCAAAUAACAACAACAAUAGCAGUACAACAGUAUAUACGGUUCCACUAGCUAGUAUGUGUACAGCACCAGAACCAGAUUCAGAAGCUGAAAUACCUUGGACAGGAGAUCAAUAUCGACAGCAGCAGCAACAAGAUCAUAUAAAUUGCAGUGCUAAAAAUAAAGCUAAUUUAAGCAUAAGUAUUAAUAGUAAUGUAAAUCAAAAUGAAAUUAGUAAUUGCCAAACACAUGUAAGUCCUAUGGGGCUAUCCAAGCAUGCCGAAUCUUCAGUCACUUCAAUCUCCGAGACAGUAAAUACUAUCAGUAGUGCCUGCAUAAAAGAGAACGGCAAUGAAGAUCGAGUAGCAGAUAUUACACGACCAUCGCCGUUAUCCGUCGAUAAUAUCGUUAGUGUCCCACCCAAAGAUCUAAGUAGCAUUAGUGGAAGUGGAAGUACCGAUGUAAACAAAUCCCAAAAUUCAACAAGCAAUGCUAAUCAACCAAAUAUCGGAGUUACAGAAUAUAUUAGCAUUAAAGGCACAAGAUCAACUGAUGAUACAGUUGCAAUAAACAGUCAUCUUAAUGUUAUGCUCUCUUCAUCCUCGUCCCCAAAAAUCAAAAAGCUGAAUACUUUUGAAGGUAAUCAAGAAGCUGGUAUGAUUGCUUCAGCAGCAUCUGCGGCAGGAUUGACACUGGAAAUUAAAGACUUCGCAAAUGGUUCAGCACAAGUCAUUGAAACCAGCCUUUUACUUAAAAAAGAUCACGAUCUGAAAGAAAGUUUUAUUGAUAUGUCGGAUCGUUGCAGUAGCACCAACAAAGUAACUAAUAUCUGUGAUAAAUCUCAAGGCGAAAAUAAGAAAUUGGAAAACGUGAUUGCUUUUGACUUUCCUUCGACGCCAACACAUGUCGCGAGUAUUUCACCCAGGCAAUCAUCUUCGUGCAAGACCUCAGAAUAUUUGCAAGCGCAGGCUAUUCGCAAGGAAUCUGUGACCGGUGACAGCGAUUUGACUUUUUCGACUGCAUUAUCAGCGACAGAAAAAAGCCCUGUAAUGAAUACUUUAACUUGCACAAAUGCAAUUGGGUCUCUUACUAUUACUAAGAAGAAUGGUAGCGGCGGGUCUUCUGAUAGCUUACAAGAUACCCUCGGUAUAACAAGCACAGUUAUAUCAACGAACUCUAUAACAGAAAGCGAAGAUAACCAACAGUCAAUGUCAAGUACAGAUAAUAAUCUGGUGGAUGUCAACAUAACCCAUCCAGCAGUAAACUCUAUUUCACAAGUAACCAACAUUGGUGUAUCUGUUGGCUGUGAUUCACAUAGACAGACUUCAUCUGGAAUUGCUCAGGAUAUCAUUUUAGGCACCAAGAUGGUGACUUCACUCGGCACAGAUGGUGUGGCACAGAGGCCAACGAAUUCUUUGUUGCCUAGUACGCCUUUAACACCAGUCACGGUGGCACAGUUACAAGGUAGUUCGCUUAACGAGCGAGCAUCUAGUGUCUUAAUUACCGCCAGUGUAAAAUCAAUGGAUAAAUUAAUAUUAAGCAAUGACGGGGGAAUUGCCACAUCUGUUUCCGUAGAUUUGCAAAAGAGCACAACUGGUUCAUUACAGAUGUCUACCACUACAGUUGCUAACGGAAUUCUCACUGGCUAUCCACCUAUUAGUGGUGCUACAACAGCGGUUUUAUCUUGCAUUUCACCACAUUCAGGAAGCAAGGUGCUUCCAAUCCCUAUGAACUUACCACCGAAUACAUCCAGCAAUCCCGUUGCGGCAGCUGCCUCUGGUAUCGCAAAAUCUUCAUUUAAUACAGGAAGUUGUCCAGCUGGAGCUACAGGAUCGUCAUUGGUUUUUCAUAGUGGACCUCCGCCAAUUCCCCACUUAAGUGCGGGAUUACCUAUGCUAAUUCAAGCGACGCCAUACCGUACACCUUAUACGAAUUACUCUUUAUAUACACCCUAUAAUAGUAUUUCACAUGGACAAUACCUGCCUUCAGUGUUACCAAUAGUAGCUCCUAACACUUUAUCUUCGCCCCACCGCUCUGAUACACGCAACAGUCGCGAGUCGCCGGCAGCGACAUCUAUAAAAGCACCAGUAACAAGUACAACUACAUUACAGCAGCAGAACGUCAAUGGGGUUGCAGGAUUCCGUCCUACUACGCCACUUGGCUAUGUGAUUAGCAGUAAUAAUGCAGUCCAGUCUUCGGGAACGUCGCCUACAACAACAACAGCGACAGUAUCUUUGGUAAACUCGACUUCUCAUCCACAACAGUUAUCAGUAUACACAGCAGGGGCAUUUGGUGUAUCAAUGACGGGACCAGUUAACACAACAGCAACACUAUCAGCACCCGCCGUAACUUCAGUAACGGUUACGCCGCAACUAUUGUCAUCUGCUCCAACACAAAUGCUCCCACAAUCUGGGUAUUCCUCCCAUCUUCCACAAUUGCUGACUUCAUAUCCACAGUUUGCACCACCAGCGCCGACACAUCAGUCAGCAUUGCGCUGCAGUACCAGUUCGGCUAUGGGCACUACGAACACCUCAGUUGUCACUGUACAAAAUUUAAUGACUGCGAUGCCAACAUCGUCAUUAAAUACGCCUCUAACAGCGGCAUCUUCUGUGAUCCAAAAAAAUCUUUCGCCCAAAAGCGAGAGCCCCAGCCGAGAUCGGGACAUAAAUUACAGCAGCGUUACAACCGUUCGCCCAAGCAAUUCCAUAUCUAUGGCUGGUGGAUCUCAAGGCAUCAGUUUAGGACCUCAAUUCUGCAGUCUUAUGCCAUCGACGCCUAUUAGUGGUGCCUCUGUUUCAUCAUCUUCUACAUUGCCACCGGCUACUCAUUCGGUUUUAGCAGUUACCGGUCCCAGUAUGACAAACUUUUCUUCAAAGACAGGGCUAUGGUUAAAUCCCUCAGUUAUGCCUACAUCAGGUCUUACAUCAUCAGUUUCGGCUGGUAACAUUCGUCCAUCACCCUCAUUGCUAAACCCUGGAUCCGCUGGUACACCUUCAAGAGCUAUUGGAAAUGCAUUUUCACCACACGCGGUACAUUCCUCUGUUGUCAGUGCCCCUGUUGGCAAUUUUCAGCCCACGUUCUUCGCCACACCACUAACACCGACGCUUUCAUCUUCAACUACGCCUACAUCUAACACGUCUAUAAGCAGCAGCUCCAUGGCUAUAUUACCCUUGGUGCCUCACACAUCAGCCGUUAUUGCAUCGAUGACCACAGCGACAACGACUACCUCAUUGGUCACUACUGCGGGUACUACACAAUCCACUGUACCAACGGUGUCAAGUGAAGUAACACCCACACCUCAUCCAUUUUCGGCAGAAUCUCUUUUUCAGCCUAGCAAAAAUGACCAGGCGGACUUAUUGCGCCGCGAGCUCGAUAGUCGCUUUUUGGAUCGCUCUGGCUUGACCCAACCUCCACCCACAUCUUCUUCAACAUACUUACGGCAAGAGUUGCACCACCAUCAACAUCAGCAUACGCAUCUGCAUCAGCAUCAGCAUCCACAGAUGCUGUCCGCUGCACCUAUCUCGACCGCUAACACUAUUCUGCCACAAACUCCACCAGCUUCAUCACAAAUUUUUCCACCACCACUAUUUAAAGACAUUCCCAAAAUACCCGCUGUUGAUCCCCAGUUUUACCGUGGUGGCAUCGGACUACCCCCAGGGUAUACCGGAUACAGCCCGGCAGGGCUUCUGCACGCUGGACUGGGGGGACCAACUCCAUUUAUGCCACCAAACCAUUUAACUUCAUUCGCUCCAAAGAAAACUGGCCGUUGGAAUGCAAUGCAUGUCCGCAUUGCGUGGGAAAUUUACUAUCACCAAAACAAGCAAAGUUCUGAAAAAUCAGUUUGUUCUGCUUCAAUUUUGGGUACAAGUCAUAGUAGUUGCGGUAUUAAUACCAUUUCUGGAUCGUCUGGAUCAACUGGCAACGGAGUCAACAGCGCCAGUGGAUCUGCGCCUAGUGCCGGUGGCAUACCCGCAAACAACGCCACUAUUUCAAUUCCUAAUGGAAAUGUGGUAACAGCGAGCGGAUCAUCAUCAGUAAUUGGCAUGAAAUCCUCUUCGGCGUUAACUAUAAAUACAACGUCAACGCAUUUACUGCAUCGGUCAGGGGAACUGUCUUCAGCAGCGACGUACGGAAGAUUGCCCUUUGAAACUUCUCCUCUAGCUGCAAGUUUUAUUGGAGCACCACCUAGUCAUAUCGGGACAUCAGUUUCCCCAUUUGGCAGGUAUGUGGGAUCAUUUGGUUUUGGCGGCCUGACACAUUUUGGACGCGAAAUUUCAUUGAGUGGACAUUUAGAUGCAUGGAGAACAAGUUCUAUUCCACGAUCUGUGACGUACCAUCCCACAGGUGCAACUGGACCAAGUGGUUGGGCUGUCAAGUCCGAUCCUGUUCUAGAGAAUGCCCGUCGCGAAGCAGAAGAACGAGAACGUGAACGUGAGAUACGAGAACGAGAACAGAGGGAACGUGACCGUCAAAGACGAGAACGUGAAGAACGUGAACGAAAAGAAAAAGACGAAAAAUUAAAGCGUGAGCAACAAGAACGGGAAAGAGAACGAGAACGUAAAGAACGUGAGCGACGUGAAAUAGAACGCCGUGAGAUUGAACGUGAAAGAUUAUUGCAGCAACAACGCAUCAACGAGAGUAACAAACAGGCAGCGGUUGUAGUAUCAACACCACGGGAUCGAUCACCUCAUCGUAGCAUUGGUGAACAUAAUACCGAGAUUCGCAUUAAAGAAGAACAUCCACGGACAAAAGAGGAACAAGAGGUAAUGCUUAUGCGCGUAUCGGCGGCAGGUAGUGUUGGGGACCCGCGUUAUCACCCCUCAUCGAUAGUCGCGGCACAGGCAAAUGCAGCCGUUGCAGCAGCGCAUCAUCAUGCUAAUUUCAUGGUUACGGGACGGCAUGGACCUUCGCACGUGUUACCAUCAUCGGCAGCUCAUCUUCCACGCAACAUGAUGCCCCCUACAUUAGGAGUCGGAGGGCCACUCACACAUUUUCCCCCGUCUGGCCCGCCAGCGUGGGGCAUUGAUCCUUACCGUGAUCCAUAUGCACCUAUCUUGCGCUAUAACCCUAUAAUGGAGGCUGCAUUUCGUCAUGAAGCUGAAGAACGUCAGAAGGUUUUAAGCAUAUAUGCAGCACAGUCCGCAGCUCAUUUGAGAGGUAAAGAACCGAGUCCCAUACCUCCACCAUCGGCAGGUCCCUUGGGUCUACCUGCCUCACAUCUUCGGAUGCAGCCACCUGCAGGUGUAAGUAUUAUUGCUUCGUCGCCUUCGCAACCAUCACAAACGCAAUUACCUACAAUCGGAAUCGGAAAGGUGCCAGGACCAUUGCCUCCAACAAUGAAUAUGGCAGUACAACAUAUGAUAACUGUGGAUCCCUUAAGUCGGUCACCAAUAACAACGAAAAAGGAAACCGAUCAUACUAUAGGCAUAGUUGUAAGUACACCUGGGACAGGUGUUACUGCUAGCGUCAUUGGUAUACCAUCUGCAUCGCCAGCAACAUCAAGUCGAUGAUAAUCUAUUGAGAAUAUUAUAAUGCUAUUUUAAACUAUAAAAGUUUUUAGAAGUUCAAACACUUAUAUUAUGUCAUAUGUGUUCUACUCUUUGGCCCUACCUCUAUCCAGCAUAUUCUUAGCCUGAGAAAACACCAAGAAAGUAAGCGCCACGCUUUUGUAACAGAAAAAAAGUAAAUGGAAAUAUUUAUUAACUUAAUUUUAAUUUAAUAUUAUUAAUGCCUAUUUAAAAAUGUAGAGAAAAUAUUUUACCUACUAAACAAAAAUUAAGAAAAGUGGAAAGCUCAUCUUCACUUGUUCCGAGUUUACUUAUGCGAGCCAUAACCUUUCGCAACAAGUUGCUUCCCACUUGAGUCUACCAGCAGCGACAGGCAUAUACAUACACACAUAAUCGUAUAUAAGUAUACAUAAAUAAGACUUUAAAUAUAUAAAAACACCGAAUACCUAUUAGCUUAAAUUAGAUAUUUAUAUUUGCAUAUAAGAAGGGAGCAUUUGUAUUAUUUGUAUAAUGUGAAAUUAAAAAUGGACAUGCAAGUAGUUCGAGGAGAUAACUAUUCUCAAAUGUACAUACAUUCAUUCAUACUUAUUCUAUAAACAAGAAUACAUACGUAAAAACAAACAAUUCUAAUUAUUAAAAAAACAAAAACCACAAUUGCUGUAUGUAAUACAUUUAGCAAUUUGUGGAAUCAUACAAUACCAUUCCAAUCGUGCAUUAAGUGUUUUCAUAUAUAAUUUCGUGUAUGCCGGUAAUGUACAUAAAUUAAAAAAAAUGGAUAAUAGAAACAUUG